CUGUUCUUUCUGGAGAAGUCUUACAUAAAUAUAUAAAUAUAUAUAUAUUUUUUCACGUCAAAUAUAGCUACAAAUACCUCAGGAUUCGUCUUUUGUAAAGCCCACAAAAACGGAAGUUGAGUUUGGAGCGAUGGAGUGUUAUCUGAAGUGAAGAUUGAAGACGUGAUAGAAGAUGGACGACUACUGCUAUGCUAAGAUGGCGACGUCCGCUAAAAGAGAACAUGAAAGAGAAUCACUAACGGAGAAAAAAGACGAUAACCGAAGAUAAAGUGGAGCGAGUUGAAGUUUCCAACAACGUAAUUUUGGAGACCGUUGUAAACCCCGAAAAGAGCGUGGAUGCGAAAUGAGCCGACUUUGUUGCAGAGUGUAAAGAAAGAGCCGCCAUGAUUGUUAGCUUGAAGAAGGCAGUGGAGUUCACAUCAGAGGAGAUGAAAGAAUGCAAAAGUCAAAUGAAGAAAGUGGAAGUGCAAAACAAGCGCUUGUGGAAAGACAAUAAUGACGUGAAAGAAGAGAUGUUGGGGAAGACUGAGAGAUGUGCAGUGUGUGAAGAGAAGACUGGACCACAUGUCUACAUCAACUUGCAGAGGAUUGGAGACGUCCAGCAGCUGAUUGGUCGUCCAGAAGAACUUCCACCUCAAUCGCAAGGGGGGAGCUCCACUUUGAAACAGGAGACUCCACAGCCACCCCACAUUAAAAAGGAAGAGGAGGAACUCUGGAUCACUCAGGAGGGAGAGUGUCUUCUAGGACGAGAGGAAGCUGAUUACACCAAGUUGCCACUGACUGUUGUCUCUGUGAAGACUGAAGAUGAUGAAGAGAAACCACAACUAGACAACCUCCUAGCUCCACUGUCAGAUAGUGAGGCUGAAGAUGAGGUUGAAGAACCUUUGAGCAGCGAUGCAGACUGUGAAGGUCGUCCAGAAGACCUUUACCAUCAGUACACUUUGAAGCAGGAGACCCCACAGCCACCCCACAUUAAAGAGGAAGAGGAGGAACUCUGGAUCAAUCAGGAGGGAGAUUGUUUUGUAGGACCACAGAAAGCUGAUUACACCAAGUUUCCACUGACUGUUGUCUCUGUGAAGACUGAAUAUAAUGAAGAGAAACCACAACUAGAAAAUCUUUUCACUCCACUAUCAGAUAGUGAGGCUGAAGACGAGGUUGAAGAACCUUUGGGCAGUGAUACAGACUGUGAAGGUGAUGUGAGGACUCACAUGGACAACAAACACUCUGGAUUCUCUAAAAAGAAGAGAGGUAAAAAAAAUUAA